AUGGAGCUAGCCUCAGCCCGUCUCCACAAAGGACAGAUUUCCUGGUGGGGACUCCUGCUCACAGCCUUGCUUUUAACCACCUGGAGCCCUCCCACCACUGCCAAAAUGACUAUUGAGGCUGUGCCAUUUGAUGUUGCUGAAGGGAAGUAUGUUCUUCUACGUGUUGUGAAUCUGGAACCGGGAAUCCGAGCUUUUCACUGGUUCAAGGAUAACGCAGAAAGAGAAAAUGAACUUGCACGGUAUAUACUAGCUGAAAAAUCGAAUAGAUCAGGGAUGGCAUACAGCGGCAGAGAGUCACUAUACAGCACUGGAUCUAUGUACAUCCACAAUGUCAACAAGGACGAUGAGAGAACCUACAUAAUACAAAUAGUACUUGAAGACUAUGCCAUGAAGAGGAUGAAUACAACAUUUCAUGUGCACAUUGCAUUACAAAAGCCCAGCAUCACAGCCAACAACUACAGUCCCAUUGAGGGUGGGGACUCGGUAUUAAUAUGUGAACCUUACACUCUUCAUACAAACUACCGGUGGAUAAGAAAUGGCAAAAGCCUCUCAGAAGGUGACAGGCUGAAGCUAUCUGAGGGCAACAGGACUCUCACUUUACUCAGUAUCACAAGGAAUGACACAGGACCCUAUGAGUGCGAAAACCGGAACAUAGUGACUACCAACCGAAGUGAUCCAUUCAGCCUGAACAUUGCCUAUGGUCCGGAUACCCCGAGUAUAUUCCCCUCAGAUAUUUAUUUGCUUCAAGGGUCAAACCUCAGCCUCUCCUGCCGUGCAGCCUCUAACCCACCUGCACAGUACUUCUGGCUUUUCAAUGAGACAUCCAAGGCAUCCUCCCAAGAGCUGUUCAUCCUCAGCGUCACUACUAUUAAUAGCGGAAUCUAUACCUGCUUCGUCAAUAACUCUGGCACUGGCCUCAGUAGGACCAUAAUCAAGACAAUUACAGUCCUUGAGGCAGUGACUCAGCCCAAGGUUUAUGCCAUCAACACCACAGUCAUUGAAGAAGAAUCUGUGACCCUGACCUGCUACUCAAAUGACACUGGAAUCCUUCAAAUCCAUUGGCUUUUCAAUAACCAUACUCUGCAGCUCACAAAGAGGAUGACACUCUCCAAUAAAAACAGCAUACUCACAAUAGACCCUACCAAGAGGGAAGAUUCUGGGGAGUAUCUGUGUGAGAUCUCCAAUCCAGUCAGUUCCAAGAGGAGUAACCCAGUCCGGGUGGUCAUAAAAUUUGAUUCUAAAGCCUUCCAAAGCAAUGGCAAUGCUGCCAUUAUGAUCGGAUUCGGAUUAGUGGCCGGGGUGGCUCUAAUAGCAGCGCUGGCAUAUUUCCUCUAUUCCAGGAAGAGGAAGACUGGCGGUGACCAGCGAGAUCUCACAGAGCACAAACCUUCAGCCUUCAACCACAAUCUGGGGCCUUCUGACAACUCUCCUAACAAGGUGGAUGACGUCUCAUACACUGUCCUGAACUUCCGUGACCAGCAGCCCAAGCAGCCAGCUUCAGCAUGUCCACCUCCAAGAGCCAAAGAAUCACUUUACUCACAAGUAAAAAAGAAGUGA